CCCUCGCAUAUUACCUUUAUAAGAGCCUAAACCACAGACCCAUGAGCUUCCAUUCAUUCCCAGCGUAUAGGAGAGUAUGUGUGUAUCUGUGUGUGUGUCAGUGUGAGUGUGUAGCUGACCAGUACAUACAGAUACACAUGAUGUGGAUGAUGCGACUCCACUAGGACGUGGGAACCUUCUCGAUUGGAGUAGAUUUCGGGAUCGGACCUGAUUCGGGGUGUGUGCUGUCGUGGAUCCCCAAUCUGCGACUACUGACGGGAUAUAUCUGUAUACAUAUAGAAUAAUAUCUACGUCUGUAUAUUGUAUAUAAUGCCGACACAUCUGAGAUUUCGGAAAAGGUCAUUUCUCGGGCUCUUAUUUCUCUUCUCGCUGUCCACAUCUGCGCUCUACUUCAUUUAUUCAGCUCCUGGCAUAGGAUUUUCUGGAAGAGAGCAGAAUUCAUGUUUCCUUCAAUUAUUGCAAGUCGCCCUGGCCCUGAAGCAGCAAAGCAUCCCCACACCAUCACACUACCACCACCAUGCUUGACUUUAAUGAAUACCUUUUUAUGGCUCAAGCCCGUGGCAUUCAGAUCCGUGAGAAUGUGAGGAAUAUCGGUGCUCAAGUUAUCGAGCAGGUGGUGCGCAGCGCCUACAACAUCAACGGCACAGACUACACAUAUGAGUUUAAUUUGAGCGAGACAGAUGUGCCCACCACUCCAUUCCUCCCUGAGGACUUUACGUACAUGCCGGAUCAGGUCUGCCCCGAGAAACUGCCCGCCAUGAAGGGUCGUGUGAAGGUGAACAUGAGUGAAAUCGUUCUAGAGGACAUGGAGAAGCUGCUGAAGGAGGCCGAGCCCAGUUUGACCCGCGGAGGCCACUGGAAACCCCACGACUGCCUUCCACGCUGGAAGGUGGCCAUUUUGGUUCCCUUCAGAAAUCGUCAUGAGCACCUGCCCAUACUCUUCCGUCACCUGAUCCCAGUGCUGCAGAGACAGAGACUGCAGUUUGCCUUCUACGUCAUUGAACAGGCUGGGAAUGAAGCAUUUAACCGUGCCAUGCUGUUUAACAUCGGUUUUAAAGAGGCCAUGAAGGACUUCAACUGGGAUUGCGUAAUAUUCCACGAUGUUGACCACCUUCUGGAAAAUGAUCGCAACUACUACGGCUGUGGUGAAAUGCCAAGACACUUUGCGGUCAAACUCAACAAGUACUCAUACAUGCUUCCUUAUGAGGAGUUCUUUGGUGGUGUCAGUGGACUCACUGUGGAACAGUUUCGAAAGAUAAAUGGUUUUCCCAAUGGAUUCUGGGGCUGGGGAGGCGAGGAUGACGACCUUUGGAACAGGGUUCAGUUUGCCGGUUACAAAGUGAGUCGACCACCUGGAGAACUUGGCCGUUAUAUGUCCAUACCACACCACCAUCGAGGGGAAGUCCAGUUUCUGGGAAGAUACAAGUUGCUCCGUAGAUCCAAGGAGAGACAGAGAGUGGAUGGCUUGAAUAACUUGAAUUACUACCCCCUAGUGUCUCGAAUGAGUCUCUACACCAAUGUUUCUGUGACGCUCAGUCGAGAUCUAGCCCCUGUCAAGGACUACUGACCUCAUACAAGGGACUAUGCAAGGGAGAUGCUCAUACUCUCUCACUAGCAUAGCCACAUGCUAAAGCACCAUUUUUAGACUUUUUUUUUUUUUUUCUUGAAAGAGAGAGCUGGGAAUUGCAAUAGCUCCUCAGUGCUCAAAGCAUUAUUUUUUUCCAUAAUUCUUUUUUAUUUCAGCAUUUUCUACAAUUUUUUAUAAUAUUACACCACAUUUCAUUACAUUUUUGCUUUUCGGGAAUCUAUCGUUUUCCUUUGAUACUCUUUCAUUGUUCACCUAGCAUCUAAAUGGAUCCAUUCUCAGAAUCUAAAACCCUUACCACUGGUUUCCCCUUGUCUGACCAAUCCAACUUGGGCGUGUCUUCUAAUCAGGGAGGAGGAGUCGCAUGUUUACAGCAUGUGUGAUAAAAGCUAAUGAACAAGUUAAUAUGCUGAACGACUUUAGAAUAGCCAUUGCAGGAGCUUGUGCCAGAAACAAACACAGCUGGUUCUGUGUGUUAGACUAGAAACAAAUAAUUGCAGAUGAAACUAAUUAUGAAAUAUACAAUAAAAAAGCAUGCACUGACACUUAGAUACUACUAACAUCACUAGUUGGGAGAGUGUGUGUGAGUGAUUAAGUGCUCAUGAAACAUUAUGACAUCAGCACAAAAAGCAAGUGCUUAACAAACCCAAUAGCAGUGAUUAUGUUCGUAUUGUUAUGCUAAAUUACUGCUCACUGCAAAAUGCAAAACUAAAAUUCUGGUUCAUUCGUCACUGUGGAAAUUGCUAUUCCAAACAUACUGUAGCCUAACUCUAUACUUUAAAGGAAAGUUUUUAGGAUAUAAGUCAUAGGACCUAGAAUAAGGCCAGGUGACUUGAUGGAUUCAGAAAGUGAUAUCCAUUCAAGCUGUAUGUGUGUGGGUCUAUUGAUGGCGUAAAAUACUGGGCUCUCUGUCAAACAAGCAUUUUGAAGCUUGUGUUUACAGAGGGAUUUUUUUCUUCAUUAGUUUCCACAUUAGGAGUGUUACCCAUGCCCUGCCCAUCUCAGUCAAAUGAGUGUACUUUGCAUUUAAGCAAUAUGCUGCUGCCUCUCUAUUGUAAAAUGUGUGUGUAGUCACCUUUGGGUAUUAACAAAAAGCACUGAUGAUAUAGAAAUUAUGUGUGUGUGUGUGUGUGUGUGUGUGUGUGUGUGUGUGUGUGUUAUAAAACUCGAUUCUAACUAACUAUGGCCAUAAAUGACGUUGUAUAAUUCCGAGCAUGGUGUGAUGUCAGUUAAUCUGCUGAACUUGAUUUGGACAAACCAAAUGUUUCACAGACUAAACAACUCACUACAAACUGCUCACUGGGCCUUAUUCAUGAAACAUGAGCUUUCGCAAACCAUUUCUAUGUAAAGUGAUGCAUCGAUGCGACAGUUUACUUUAAUUAAACACAAGCAGAAAUCAUUUGUCUAUAUCAUUUGUAAAACCAUUGUUUUGUCAAUUACCACACUGAUGCAACAAUUUACAUUUAUGAAACAUGCGCAGAACAAAUUUCUGUGUAAAUCGUUCAAAAAAACCAUUGAUGCAUUGAUGUAAAAAUUUGCAUUCAUGAAACCCAAGCAGAAUUAAUUUCUGACAAAAAUGUUUUUUUUAAACCAUUCACACAUAAAUGACGUUUUGAUGUAACAAUUUAUGUUCAUGAAACCCAAGCAGAGCGAAUUUCUGCCUAAAUAAUUUGUAAAACCAUCCUCACAUAAAUUGUUGCAUCAGUGCGAUAAUGCGCAAAUUAUUAACAAUUUAUGAUCAUGAAACACAUGCAGAAUGAAUUUCCAUGUAAAUCAUUCGUAAAACCGUGCUACAUAUUUGACACAUUGAUGUAAACAUUUGCGCACAUGAAACGCUGCCCUUAUGAAAUCGAGAGUUCAUGGCAAAUUUGUCACAAACUUGCCACAAAUUCACCACUGAUAAUGUUCACAUGCAAAUGAGCUUUGCGGCAAACUUGCGGCAAAUUGUCCAUUGUUGCCAAAGGUUUGCUGCAGGUUCACCACUAUUGGCAAAGAGCUGCAAACUUCUGGCAAACAUUUGUGGCGAAUCACAAGCUCAUUUGCAUGAGAAAAUAAUGAGUGGGAAAUAUGCGACAAAUUGUUGGCAAGUUUCCAGCUAGUUUGCCAGAACUCUGGAUUAUUUUAAGGGUCACGAAACACAAGCAGAACAAAUUUUGACUAAACAAUUUGUAGGGAUGUCAUAAAAUAUCAGUAUAUCAAUUAUUGAUCAGUACAUUAUUUUAUUGAUAUAUUGUUGAGGCAUCGAUAUAUUAAAAUUAGCCGACAUUUCAAUUAGAAGUCCAAUUUGCAUGCUUUCCAAUGCACUCAGUUGGCCUUUGUUUAACAGUCUGACAUAAUAGCGUUAAGAGACCACAAGAGGGUGAUGUACCAUUUACAGAAGCGCACACACACACACACACACACACACACACACACACAGGACGAGCUGAAGCAGCACAGGAGAUGGUAGUCCAAAGUUACGAAAGUUUGGUACUUCAUCAAGAAUUAACAAAGAGACGUUGAUGAGUUUGCAGGUUAAUGAAACUGGUGUAACUGCUCAAACUAAAUGAUUAGAAUGGUUUUGCGAACAGUUUACACAGUGCUUCAUUCUGCUCGUUUUUCACGAAUAAGGCCCUUAUUUUACCUCCGCACAUUAUCAUUACACACAAGUUUAUGUCGUCUAGAGAUUGUAUAGCCUUUGUAGUGCGUAUUUGUGUGAAUGUGAGUGUGUAAGUGUAUGUUCAUUAAACCACAGAGGCUGGCCCUCGUAUUUAUUCAGUCUUUUAUGAACAUAUUUGUUAUGAACAUACAUUUUUCCUAUUUCUGUCAUUUGUUUUUCUGUAACUGUGAUUCUUUUGAAGGAAACAGAUUAACAAUAAGAAAUGUGAUGUACAAGCACUGAAAUUUGUUUCGCAUGAGGUUGAUCACGUUUGUUGCUGUUAAACCGAAUGGGCUGCAUUUUUGCAUGAUGACACAAGAGAAUGAGACACUUAGAGAGACGAUUUUUAAACGAUCCCAUCCCGGAAACUGAUGGUGCUGAUGUUACAGAUAUUAGUAUUGUGCUGCCGCAGUACUUUUGUCUUGUAGCAGAUAAUUUUACAAGAUUUAUAUAAAUUACACUCUGCUGCACUGAUGCGACAUUCUCAUCAGAGUAAUCGAUCCAUGUAGCAGGUAAAUGUGAGUGUUUUGUGGGAAAUGCAGACAGAGCAGAUCACUGGUCUCCCUAAAGUCUGAUUGCCUCCGACACCAAUGAAGUUUUGCGCCAAUGUUUGGGGUCUUUAUUAACUCAUGAUAAUAAUUUGUCUUCGUCCAAAUCCUAAUACUAAUGCUGGUGUUUAUAUGCUCAUGUACAUAUGUCAAUCAAACUCUAUGUUAUUGUGGCUCGAAUUGACCUAUCACUUGGUAGAAGCUACCAAUGAGCAACACAUUAGCAUUCCUUUAGGAUUUUUUGAGGAUCAUAUGAAUAGUGGAAGUAAGAUUCAAAGGAAGUUUGCAAUGUAAUUCAAUACUGGCUCUGAAUCAGAUGUAAGACCAGCUUGAGUCCAUACUGUAGUAAAACACUGCUGCGGACCCCAUCGUUGGCACGCUACAAUCCACUAUAUAACCCAUUCUGCUCCAGCUGAAAUGACAGGGAUACUUCCCUUGAACAGCUGGCUGCCUUAAAACCUCUUAAUUUAUUCAAUAUAUAAUCAUGUUUUUUAUUUUUUAUAAACAAAUACAUUUAAAAAUGUUAAUGUGUUUAUUCACCUGUACAUAUUGUGUAGUGUGUUUUGGAGCAAAAACAAAAAAUAUCAUAAAAGUAAUUGCAAAAGUUGACUUACUAUAUUAAAAAAAGUCCUUUAUUAAUUUGGUGCCAUUUACCUCAAUGCCAUGAGCUGUACGAGCUGUGUUUAACUAUUUAAUCAUGACUGGCCUUAAAUUCUGUUUGUAGGAUCAUUUGUCAUGAUAAAGAUGCUUCUCUGUGACAUAUCAUAUUGAGUUCUCAUUAGAAAAUCUUUUGUCUGCCAAAAACAUUGUUCAAUUUCUUCCUUAGACAACCAGACCUGUACAAUAAUCUCCAAACAAGACAUUCAGUAUGAUCUAUGUAUAAAAUCAAGACAACUGAAAUGUUUUGAGAAAAUAAAAUAUUAUAUUAAGGAGAUCUGGUCUCCUUGAAAUGAAGCCAUCUGCCACUCGUACAAUAUUUCUGGGCCUUAGUGUUUGUGUAAAUGAACAUAUCUUUGAGUAGAAGCACUUUGUAUGAUGUGAGAUCUUUGUUUUUCUAUUAUUGUUGUUGAAAUGUCUGAAGUACACCAAUAAAGAAAAGUAACUUUAAGCA